AAGUGCCAAGUCAUUAUCGGUUUCUUCUCCAUAUCGUCUAGGUCUUUUAGGAGGAGAGAAGAAAACAUGGCAGAUAACACCAAAAGAAGGAAAAUCGAUAGAGUAGGAUUCCUCAGUGAGCAUGUUAUGGCAUUGAAAGAAGCCAUACAUCCUGAUAUUAUCGUCAAACCUGGUGACAAUAGUUCUGGAAUUCCUUCCCACAAAGCUGUUUUGGCAGUGAAAUCAAAAGUGUUUAGAAACAUGUUGGAGUCUGAUGAAUGCAAAGUUGCACCAGAGAAAUCAAUCAUUAUCCCUGAUCUGAGCUACGAAGAACUCAAGUCACUCCUUGAAUUCUUCUACAGCGGAACCUUGAGCCCUGACAACAAACACAUUCGAGCUCUCUAUCUAGCUGCUGACAAGUAUGACAUUCAGUAUCUCCAAGAUAUUUGCAGAGAUCUUUUGAUCUCUUCAAUGAAUCUCAGCUUUGACAACAUUCUCGACGUCCUCGAACUCUCGACUAUCCCUGCCGACACCCAUCUCAAGGAAGCUGCGCUACUAGUUUUAGCCUCAAGAAACAUACACAUGAUUUUUUCCAAAAGAUUUGAAUCGUUUGCACAUGAGAACCCUCAGCUAAGCUUGGAGAUCACACGAACUUGUUUGAACAAAUUGCAAUCCUACGUAGUCUACUGCAGACAACAUCAUCGGUUUAAGUAAAGCCAUUGGUCGGUUUUCUUUAACUCAAUUUUCUGAUUAGCAUUAGAAAUUAGAUUAUUUAAUGUGUGCGGGUGUUUUUCUUUUUUUUGGGCCUAUGUAAUCAAAUAAUGAAUCCAAAGCUAUUGCUUGUAAUAAUCGCUAUAUUCAAGCUUUACGUGCUUGAAGAUCA